AGACGGUGUGAAUGGCCUGUAGUGUGGUGCCACCUGCAUGCAGUAGAUCUACCAUCUCACAGGGCACUGUGAAAGUAUAUCGUUUAUAUUUAUAUAAUAAACAGAUGCCGGUAUUUAGAUAAAAAUGGUUGCAGGCAUAUUCACUGUAUAAUCCUGCCAUACAGAAAUUGUUUGUCGUAGACCACCAAAAGCGUAUUUAGUUAAAUACAAAAGAACAUGACAUUGUAUCUCUCUUUCUCGUAAGAAUUAUGUUAUCUCUCUAGGCAAUUUUUCACGCUAAAGUUUCAGACCAUACACUAAUAAAGCAGUCCGAUGGACAGUGUCACGCAUGUCGGUGUCAAUGACCUUGUGAUAAAGUAUGAAUCUGACAUUGCUACCAUCUAACGACAAACUCCCGAGGUCGGAAACGGGGAUCCUUACACUAUAUGAAAAAAAUCUGUAUUUACCACAUAUCGCGGUCUCCGCUCGUCAGGUUUUGUCAACAGCUUGAUGUGGCGCUUUCGCUUGGAAAUCGAUUAGCCGUCCUCUUUUUUUUUUUUUAAUCUAAAAAAUUGCAGUCUCGAAGCUACAGUCGAGUUACCGUAUAAUCGAUUACUGCAUAAAGUACUGACGUAUGAUAAUGCCGCACGUUGCGAACUGGUGUUCAUUUGUUUACUGUGACGUUCGAGUUUUGUGUUUCUAUGAAGAUAAGUAAUUGCCACGAUGGCUGAUGCCGGUGUAAACAUUGGGAAAACGGAAAUGGAAGCCAGUGACAAGCAUCUCGAGGAACCGACACAAGCUUUGACAGAUAUUGAAUUCCAGGCGUCCCAGGUUAUUGAACGCCUCGAGGAAGCUGUGGAGAAAGCAGAAAAAGGAAGAAGUGAAAGCAAUGGACAGGCCUGGGAAAAUUCAUAUGGAUUUUUACCAUUCCCACGGAAGCCAAAGGAUGAAAUAAUGAAUAUUUUGGAGGAUUUAAUAGUAUUUGAGGAAGGUAAAAAUCGAGAUGAUGUUGCAGAAGAUGAGGGAGUCAGCACUCCAGCAGUUGCAGUUCUGCCUCCCCUGGAUUCCAUUUCGAGGCUAGCAGUGCUGACUCAAAGUAUUGCUGCAUAUGCAUCAGGGCUGGAGAGACAGCAUCUUCAAAGACUUGUCACUAAAAUAACAUCAGACGUUACGAGAUGGCUGAGUCACAUAUUCAGGUUUCUCGACAGUGCUUCAUUUUUCCAUGAUGAUCCCAUGGACGGUGUUGUACGGCUGACUCGUAUGAUGCUGCAUUAUAAGUAUCCGAAAUACCUCGAGGAUGGCUACGAAGCCCUCUCGUCACACCCUCCUGUUAUUUACAGUAGUGUUGCUUCACCUCUAGGAGUUGUUCAACAUAUCUGCCGUCAGUUGGGUUUGCCAAUGUUCUGUGUUCGCCCAGUGCCUUGCAACACAAUGUUUGGAUCGCAGCAGAAAAUUGAUGUCGCUGCCCUUGAGAGGCUUAUGGAAGAAGAUGCUGCCGGAGGGCGGAUCCCUCUUAUUGUUUUGGCAGAUGCAGGGACAGCUGUCGCUGGACACGCCGAUUCAGUUGCUAGGAUUUAUGAAUUGUGCAGACACCAUGAUGCGUGGCUUCACCUCCGUGGUCAUGGCUUGGCUGCACUGGCACUUGCUGCUCAGCCCAGCAUUGCAACUCCAAAUUCUCAGCCACCAUCUCCACUUGGUGACAUAAUGGUUGGAAGAAUUGCAGAUAGCUUUACUCUGCCGAUCGGUACAUGGUUAGGCAUUCCUACAUUGCCUAUGGUUACUUUGUACAGGCUGUUUGAACAGACAAGUAUGAAGCCGUCCAGGCUGGUUGCUGCUGUGGGUGUGCCUCGUGAGAGCACACUUCCAAUAAUUGCUGGUUUGACAGCCGACCACAGCACUCGUCGGCUGAGCUGUAUGUCACUCUGGGUCACUCUUCAGGCUCUGGGUAGAGAAGGAAUCCAUCAAAGGAUACGACAAGCAUUUGAAUCGACAGAACAACUCUGGAGAAGAUUGUCAAAAUAUCCAUGCCUUCGUUUGUUGAGCCAACAGCCAGGUGGUGAGUCUGGAACAAUUACUGUCAAUGAAUUAGUGACCCGUCCGGUUAAUACCUCAAUGCUUUUUGAAGUUGUUGCCUCCACAGUUGUGUUCCAGUUCAUUCCUGAAGCAAGUGAAGGAAAUGAAAGUGGACGUGUGCCCUCGUACUAUGACAAGCUCAAUUCAUGGCUCGGGCAGAUCCUUCAGCGAGAUGCCCCACAAGUACCAGUGGAAAUAUGUGAACUGGAAACUAGCGGUGUGGUUUUACGGUACUCCCCUCUGGAGUUGGGGCAAGACAGGCAACCUACAGUAGAAGACAUUGAUUCAUUUAUUCUUUGUCUAGAGCAACAGCUGGACAUUCUUUCAGCAACAGUUGCACAUAAAGCAACAUUUCAACGGCUUGUGUCAUCUACACCAAAUCUGUGCUUGGUUGAAAUGGAAGGAUGGGCUGGCUUGGGUGGUGUCCGCUAUGUGCCAGAAGCGUGGCAAACUUUACUUACUGACCAGGCCAAAGAAGAGCUCAAUAAACUCAAUGUAUCGCUCGUUGAACAGCUGCGGAGUACAGAUGCUGCAUUUUCUUUGGGAGAGGGACCAGAUGGCCUGGCUUGUGUAAGAUUUGGCAUGGUGACAGCAGAAACAGAUGUUGAGGAGUUGCUGGGAUUGGUGGUCAGUUUCGGGCAAGAAGUUGAAGAGUCUUCACGUUUCCUUGAAACAAUGACGGAGAUAGUGAAAAAAGGUAUUGAAACAGCUACACUAGAUUUACAGAAAGAAAAUGAAGAAAGGCUGUGGCAAGAGGGUAUACUGAGGCAUGUGCCAGUAUUUGGUAGUCUCGUGAACUGGUGGUCACCUCCAAGCAAAGAGGGAGGUAUCAAAGGGCGCAGCUUAAAUCUUACAGCAGGUGUCGUAGAGAGCACAGAGAAUAUCUACCGGUACCACAUGCAGCUGCAGCAGGGCGUGCCCCCAGCGCCCGGCACACGAUCACCGCCGCAGCCGCAGGUGCAGACUCCGAUCGCUCCCCCCAGUGGCAAACAUUCACGUUCGUCAUCGCACAGUUCACAACAGUCUCAGUCGCACACCACUCCCGUUGGAGCUGUCGGUAGUACUCCUGUCGAGCAACACCAGACUACUCCAUAGAAAAUUUUGUCUUUUUAAAACUGAUUAUUAUUGGAAUCAUGCACGAGCUAUCAGCACAGCUGCCAGGUGUCAGUAAUGCCUGUUUAUGCAUUUGUGCUGCUACCAGCAGCUGAGGAGCAUGUAGAGUUUUGUUCUCACCGCGAGUGUGAUGGAGCUCCGUUCUGGAUGAGAGCUCUUAUUCACAUCACAGUCCAGAAGAAAUUCUCUUGUGAAAGGCUUUCCUGGUUAUUAUCUUGUGUUGCUAAACUUGUCUGAAUCACUUGAGAAGUGACGUACUUGAACAUUACUGUUGCCAGACGUUAUGCCUGUCCUCAUAGUCCAUGAGAAUGUUCUCUAUUUGUCUGGGACAGGGCUGCUGGAUAGGGAGUUGACAUUUUAUGCUUUUAUAAAUUUUCUGUUUGGUAAAAUACUGCUUUCCACUGUCAUAUUGAAUUGCACAUUUAGAUGUAAUUUUUAUUAUUUGGUACUGUGUGUAUUCUGUUUUUAAAUAUCAGUACAGAAUUACUAUAUGAUGAUACACAUGUUCAUCCUUCGUGAGCCACAAAGAGAGAUUGACAAUUUAUGGUGCUACAUUUAUUAUGCAGUUUAGUGUAUAUUAAACCCAAGAAAAUGAUUUGGGUUAGCUAGGUCUCUCCGCUGACAGCUGCAGUAUAUCAGGACAAUAGUAGCACUGCUCUGAUUUUUCUCAUAAUCUUUUUACUGAAAUACAUUGUUUAGAGGUACAGUUUAUGCUCAUUUCUGAUUAUAAGUUCUUGGUAUCUAAAUGGUAAUCUUCUUUCAGAUUUAAAAAUACAGCUUUGUUACAGAAACUUUGAUGAAUGUACCACACAGUUUAUUGAUAAAGAAUAUUGAUUGGAUUUAUAAAUUCAUUAACCAUCAAUUUUCUAGAAAUACUGUCGUAUGUGAAAUCUCAGCAGAUUUGGGUAACAUUCAAACGGUUUUUGACUUGGAAAAAAAUUCCCAUGAUGAUGGUUGACUAAAUGAAUAUCUCUGUGAACCCUAUGGAAGUACAGAAAUAAAACCCAUUUUUCUGUUUGAUACUGUCUAUACGAAAUUUGUGAAGUUUAAAGUUAUACAAUCAUUUCAUUUGUCUGUAGAAAUCUCCAGCUUUGAUGUAAUAGAUGAGGAAAACUGUUGCUAUUUGCUGUGAAAAGUUGUAAUGAGAUGAGGGAAGACAGAAAAAGAAAAUGAUUUCAGGACUGUUUCAGUUGCAGGAAAUAUGUAUUUAGUGCAGGUGCGUGUUUUGUGACCACAAAGAACAUUAAUUUGGCCAUUGCCAAGUAUUUUUCACUUCCCAUUAAAAGUACCAAUCCACAGUAUUUUUUCUGUUGUAAAAUCAUGUACUUAUCAUACUUAUGAUGCGAUUUAUUUAUGAAUCGUAGUGUGUGUGUUUUAUUUGUGCUGUCAGUGCCUUAUUCAGUGCCUUGUAUUUUUAUUGUUCUGUAACUGUGCACAUGAGUGUAGACAUUUAUUUUCCAGUUUGAUCAAAAUACCCCUUACCUCAGUGACAUGUUCACUGAAAAACAUUGUGUAAAGGGUCUGCAAGAGAGGUUCUUUCUGCACAAAGCUUAAAUAAUUCACAUUUGUUUAAUACUGACAAUCAGUAAAUGCAGUGAAUGUACUGUUUCAUUUUACCCCCUGAUGCAUUCUGAUGCUGCUCACUUAUUGCCAUUAAUCAUGUGAGCUUCAUUAAAAUUCCACUUGCUACCAUGUAGAUCAGAUUUUAAAUCUUUUGGAUCUCAUCAGUUGCUAUUGAAGGAAUUGUAUGAAAUCAGCUAAAAACUAUAUGUAUGAUAGUGUAGUCACAAUUUCUUCUGCUGUUUUACAUUAAAUCUCUCUCUUUUUUUUCCUGGUUGUAAUAGUUCACAUGUUAUUGUGAGACUGAAAAGUAUGUCUAAUUGUAAGGACUUUUAAUAGAAGUUACUUUUAUAUCCAUAUGUUGAAUAAUGUAGGUAUGAUAAGCUAUUUAGCAAACAAACAAUCAGAAACAAAACACCAUGCGAAGUAGACAUAAGCAACACUACUUUUGGAUAAAGCAACUCCCAAGGCACAAAAAAAGAAAAGCUAAAAUGCAUGGAAGUGUAUGUUCCUUCUUCUAGGUAGACAAAAUUGUGUAGAAUAUAACUAAACGGGAUUAGUAAAGAAGAUCAGGACGUGAGAGAGAAAAGAAGAUAAUAGUGUAGAAUGUGACUGGUGACAUUUUGUUUGGUGAUAACCAAACAAAAUGGAGCCUAUCUGUGACAGAGAGAAUGAUAAAGUUGGAAGUAAUAAAGUGAAACUGGAAGUGAAAACUUAAAGAUUGAACAGAAGUAUGGAAAGAGGAGUGAGUAAUAGGAUUAGUAUAAAAGGGCAAACAUUGGUGGCUAGGUCUUUCUUCCUCUUAAUUUCUUCACACAUCAUUUGUGUUCUUUUACUUUUGCCAACUGUAUUAUUUAUUUUGCCAUGUCAAACUAUAGAUUUUUCUGCUAAUGUGUCACUCCGUUAAUAAUUCAACUCAGUGUUGCUCUUGUGGGUAUUUUGUUUGAUUUUAUUUUUGAAGUCCUUGUACCUUUCCCUUCCCACUCCACUCCAUUUACUGUAAAUUUAAAGUACAGUAGGCUAUUAAUUGUACCUGUGAAACUGCUGCAGCUGCUACCUGUGAAACUGCUGCAGCUGCUGCUCCAACCUGCAUUGCUUGUAGGCAGGCAGGUGCUCUCUCUCUCUCUCUCUCUCUCUCUCUCUCUCUCUCUCUCUCUCUCUCUCUCUCUCUCUCUCUCUCUCUCUCUCUCUCCCUCCCUCUCCCUCUCUCUCCCCUCCCUCUCCCUCUCUCCCCCCCUCCCUCUCUCCCCCCCUCCCUCUCUCCCCCCUCCCUCUCCCCUCCCUCUCUCUCCUCCCCCUCUCUCUCCUCUCCCUCUCUCUCCCCCCUCCCCCCUCUCCUCUCUCUCUCUCUCUCUCUCUCUCUCUCUCUCUCUCUCUCUCUCUCUCUCUCUCUCUCUCUCUCUCUCUCUCUCUCUCGCCCUUUUUCCCCUUCUCUCUCUCUGCCUCCCCCACCCCCGUCAUGUGUGUUCAUUCUGUGUACUGUGUAUUUUCUUACAGUGUAAACUCUCUUGAGUGGCAUAUUUUCUUGUAGUAUUUAAAUCAAGCAUCAAAUAUGUCUUCCAUAACAUGUUUAAACUCACGCAUCUGGAAGGACUUUGUCAAUGGAUUAAACAGGGAAUUCCAGUACUGCAGCCUGGACUCUCUGCAUUGUAAGAGACUGCAAAUGAUACACCAAGUUUUCGAGAACAAUCUUUAAGAAGCUGACUUAUAAGAGUGUUUGUCUAUUUUUCAACAACAAUUGUAACAGCAAUAACAACUGUACUACUCCUAUUUUAUAAAAUGUAAUGUUACUUCCAGAAAAGGACAAGAAAUUCAAGCAGUUUUUUCAUGUAUUUAUUUAAUUAUUUGCCACUGUACAGGAAAUUAAUGCAGCCUCUGAUUAUGAAAUACUGCAUUUGUUGAAUUUUGUUAUUUAUUUUCAUAGAUUUAAUAAAUAAGAAAACUACCAAACAUGUAAA